AUGCCCCCCAAAGCACAGGGCCCGUGGCGGUUGCCCCAAACCAGCCUAUGGACGGGACGGCUCUGACUGGUGCUGACGUCUAGGUCUGUGGCAGACACUGAGGGGGAAACAUCUGGCAGGCCUCCAACCGCACCAGGGAGCCUGGGUCCUGCACCACGAGAAGCACGUCGGCGGCAUAUGCUGACAGGCCCACCCAGAACUCCAGCUCAUCGUCCGGAGCAGAUGGAGGCAGCGCUCAAUGGCCAGAGCAUUCAGCUGGCCUGACAGGGAGGAUCGGAGACCAAAGAGCCCCUCUCUGGUGAGGGAUCCCAUCGCACCGGCCAUGCCCAGAUCUGGUGCUUCAUCCCACUCCUCCUCCUCCUUCUUCUUCUCCUGGGGGGUCUCCCCCUAGUGCUACACCAGCAAGUCUGAGGUGUGCGAUGAGAACGUGGCAUCUCUGCCUGCACACAACCUGGCGGGGGAGGCCAUCGACGUGACCAUGCUGGGUGGACCCCAGCCUGUGGCGCAGCCUGAACAAUCCCUGGGAAUGGGAGGCUGCUGUCACUUCACCCGCUUGGCACGGGGGUGGCAGUCCUGGUGGUGAUUGUAGCGUCCCUACCCCACCUCCUCACCCUCUGCUUGGACCCCACACAGCCCAGGAAACCAUCACGGGAGGCUGAGAGACUGAAAGCCACUCCUAGCUGAGGGGCACCAUCGCACCAGCCAUGGCGAGAUCCAGUGCCUUCAUCCCUCUGCUCCUCCUCUUCCUUCUCCCUGGAGUCUCCUCCGACUGCUACAUGGGCACAGCUGAGGAGUGCGAGGAGACCAUGACCUUCGUGCCCGGGUACAGCUUGGUGGGGGAGGGCAUUGACGUGACCACUCUGAAGCGGACAGGGGCCAAUCUGGUGGACACCAGCCUGUGGCGCCACCCAAAUGGCACCUGCACCCUGUGCGAGAACCGGCUGCAGGGGGGGAGACUGCACAGGGUACCUCUGGCCAUGGUGGACUGGAAUGUCCAAAUGUUGUGCACCAACGACCUCAGCAGCUCAGUGAAAGAGUCAGCCGCGGCUGUGGCCCGGGCACUGGCGUGGGAUGUGAACAAUGAGUGGAUGUCAGAGCUGGGGCUGGAAGAGGAUUCCCAUGGCCCGGCCUUGAGGGGGUCCAAAUCCCAGCUCACCAGCUACGCUUCCCAGAAGGAGAAAGAUGACAAGUACAUGUUCGUGUACCAAGAGAUUCCCUGUGUGUUUUACAGGGUGAGAUUCACUCACGACCCUCCACUGACGCCCCAGUUCUCCCGGGCCCUGAGAAGCCUCCCACUCAGGUACGACUCAACCACAUACCGGUUCUUCCUGACCACCUACGGUACCCACUACGUGAGGCAGGCAGACCUGGGGGGGCGCGUGCAGCAGCUGAUGGCCAUAGAGACCUGCCGGGCAGUGCUGGACGGGCUGACAGCCGAUGAAAUCAAGGAUCGCCUGCGCUCACAGUUCUUGCAAGACCUGGGCCUGAGCCAGAGCAGCCAGGGCAGGGGGAGAUCCCAGAUGCCCUACGUGGAGAAGCGCAUCCAGGUGACGGGUGGCAACAGUGACUCCAAUUUGCUCUUCUCCACCAAUCAAAAUGCCAACUCCUUCUCGACCUGGAGGGAGAGCCUCAAAACCAGCCCCGACCUGGUCUCCUACUCUCUGAUGCCCAUCCACACCUUGGUGACACCCAGCGACCCCAGGCGGGAGGCACUGAGGCAGGCAGUGAAGGAGUAUGUGGAUAAGCAGAGGCUCAAGAAGAGUUGCCUUCGUAGCUGCCCACAAGGGAGUCAGGUCGACUCCGACGACCCCUGCAAAUGCUACUGCCCCGGCAACCCCUUCACCAACUCCAUGUGCUGCUCACUCAAGAGGGGCACGGCCCGGCUGAAGGUCCAUGAGCUGCGAGGCGCAGGCCUGUGGGGAGACAUCAUGACCGACACUGAUGCCUACGUCAAGGUCUUCUUCCAAGGCCGGGAGCUACAGACAGAGAUCAUUGAGGACAGUAACUACCCCACCUGGUACGAAGAACUGGACUUCGGGCCAGUGACGCUGCCGGUGAUGCUGUGGGAGCUGUCCAAACUGGAAUUGGAGGUGUGGGACAGCGACCCAUGGGAGGACCAUCGCCUGGGCUACUGCAGCACCAACCUCGAGGUCGGCAGGAGCAACACACUCACCUGCCUCCUUGACCACGGCCACUUGCAGUUUUCCUACACGCUGGAGUGUGGGCCCAACCUGGGGGGCAACAACUGCCAUGAGUACGUGCCUGUGAGAGGCUGAGAGGAUAGAACCCAGGAGUCCUGGCUCCCAGCCCCCACUGCUCUAACCCACUAGACCCCACUCCCUUUCUUGAGCGUUACCAAGUCUCACAAGAAAAUAAAGCAGCAAUGCCUUUCCAAACUAACCCCGCCCAUCUCAGAGAGAGUGCAGGGGUGUGUUUAGACAAAUCCCUUUGUUGUUUUCAGUAGGUCUAGUUUUGUUGCUUCCAACUGGAAGUUGCACAUUGAAACUAAUAAAUGUGUGUGUACUCUGGCA